GUGUGGGCGGCUCAGGCAGGCGUGUGAGCAGGUGGAAGCCGCUCCGUGUCGCUGCUGCUGUCGCCUCUCAAUGAAACUCAAUACCGCCGGGGAGGAAGAAACUCCGCGCAGCGAGCAAGCCGGGGAAACGCAAGCAUUAACUUAAUUCAUCAGUUUGAAGAGACAGAGGAAGGAGGCGUUCUGAAGUGGGAUUUAUUGUGCUUGCGUGCCAGAAGAGGAAAAACAAACAAACAAGCGAUCAUAAAAAAAAAAAAAACUUGGUGAAAUGACGAGCGCUGUGUGAGGCUGAGCUUGACAACCCGGAGAAUCGAGUUUACGAAGAAGUGCUCUCAUAUUUCAGUUGUCCGUCAGCAGCAAGAGGACUUGCUCGAAGCCGGGGAAUGAACUCUUCGGACCGCUAAUCACCUCUGGACUUGGACCGCGCUUUAAAAACACAAUUUUCCUCCCAACCCGCAGCCUAUAGAGCCCGCAUACAGCAAAAGGAGUUGUUCCUCAAGUCCGCGGCGAUGGGGGAGCAGCCGAUCUACACCACCAGGGCCCAUGUCUUCCAGAUUGACCCAUCCACCAAGAAGAACUGGGUCCCUGCCAGCAAGCAAGCUGUCACCGUCUCCUACUUUUACGACAGCACGCGUAACAGCUACCGUAUCAUAAGCGUGGAUGGAUCCAAGGUGAUCAUCAACAGCACCAUCACACCCAACAUGACGUUCACCAAGACAUCACAGAAGUUUGGCCAGUGGGCGGACAGCAGAGCCAACACGGUGUUCGGACUGGGCUUCGCUUCGGAGCAGCAACUAGCCAAGUUUGCCGAGAAGUUCCAGGAGGUAAAAGAAGCAGCCAAGCUAGCAAAGGACAAAUCUCAAGAGAAGGUGGAGACGUUGAGUAAUCACUCUCAGGAGUCCGGACGUGACACGCCCUCAACCAACCAGGCGUCCAGCAUUAACGGGACAGAUGACGAGAAGAUCUCUCAUGUCGGUCCGGAGGCUGCCGUGCUGAAGAGCGAGAACGAACGUCUGAAGAGCGCAGUGGAACAGAGCAACACGAACGCCAAGAAGUGGGAGACAGAGCUGCAGACUUUAAGAGAAAAUAACGCCAGGCUCGUGGACGCACUGCAGGAGUCCUCGGCUAAUGUGGAGAGCUGGAAGAAACAACUCGGUGCCUGCAAGGAUGAGAGUGACACACUCAGGGCAAAGAUUGCAGAACUUGAAGCUCAGUGUCGUGAAGCCGAACAGGAGAAGCAGAAAAACGCCCAGCUGAGUGUACGAGUGCAGGAGCUGGAGGCCGAGCUGCACGACAAAGAGCAGGAGCUGGAGAAUCUGAGGAAGCAGGCAGAGAUAAUCCCUCAGCUCAUGGCAGAGUGCGAGACCAUCACCACAAAACUGCAGGCUGCAGAGAUGAAGAACAACGAACUGGAGGGGAGGAUAGGAUGUCUUCAGACGGACAUAGACGAAAGCCGACAAAAGCAGGGCAACAUGAAGGGCGAGCUGAAGAAGUUCAUGGAUAUCCUGGAUGGAAAGAUAGACGAGCUGCAUGAGUUCAGGCAGGGGCUGUCCAAGCUAGGUGUUGAUAACUGAGGAAAAAGUGGCACUGAGUCGAAAGGGUCAGAGUUCAAGUAUGAAGGAUUCACUACAAGUAUGUCUUCAGGGCAGAAACUAUGUGGCACCUACUCCCCCCCCACCCCCAAGGUGAUGUCCACUCGGAAACUUUCAGCUUUGGCUUCUAAUAAACACUAUCAUGUAAGAAAGAGAUUUUUUUUUCUUUUCUUUUUUUUGAGAGGGAGGGAGAGACUGGCAGGAGGAAGGCCGGCGUGCUCCACAAAAUGGCUCCAUUUGCUGGCAUUGUGAAGCUAAAUCAAGAGCCACACUUCGAGCUUACUUACCCGUUUCUGUGUGUGUGUGUGUAUGUGGGUCGGGGGGAGAAACGGCUUUAAAAAGCUGGUGGUGGGUUCUUAUAUUCUGUCCAUCUGUCUUUUUUUAUUUUUUUUUUCCUGAAGGCUGCAGCGCUUCUUCACUGGCAGUCCGAGUUUAGAGUAGAAGAGGGGACUAAAAAGGGCUAAAAUGAAUAACACGCAGACUGUUGUUCGUUAUCACUCGGCACCGAUUGGUGUGAAUCCUUAUGGCCCCCUCUGAGAAUUAGAGAUAAAAUCCACAGACUGUCCUUGCUGUUGCCUCUCGUCUAUCUCAGGUGUGUUAGAUGACGGUUUGUACUCAUUAGAUUAAUAUGCACAUAUAUGACAAACGGCCGUGACACAAAGUGCCUCCAGGUGAGUCUUAAUCCACCUGGCGAGGAGAACUGGCCAAGCCAUGACCAUCACCAUAAUAACAACUUGAUGAAUUUCGAGCCCGUCCCGAGGACGUCAGUGUGGCGACAAACUGGAAGGACAAAACACGUGUUUGCACAAAAUACUACUAACAGUACUCCGACAAGGGACUGCAGCGGGAAUACAUCAGCUCUCCUGUGGGUGUUUUCAGUGAGCACACUAAUUAUAUUUUACAUUAAGUGGGGGGAAAUCUCCUGUCUCAGGAGAUCUUCCUUCAGAAACAUCCAAUAAUUAUAAUAAUAACAAUAAUAAAGACCCCAUUUUGCCAUGAGUAUAGUGUAGUGUUCAAAGAAUUUCGUGUGUGCAAUAGUAUUGUUGUCCAUUUGUAGAACAAAGACGUACGUCUCCAAGGCUGUCAAUGUGCUUCCUAUACACCUAUACACUAGUUUUGUUAUGGUGGUGGUUAUUUUUGGGUGAGGUGACUUGGUGCUGCUCGACGGGUGAAUAAUGUGAAAGCGCACUUCACUGAAAAAAACAAAAAAAACAAAACAAAAAAAAACAAAACAACAUUUAGACGGCAUGGGCCUUUUCACUACAACCAGAUUCUUGGUUGUUUUACAUAUUUAUUUAUUUUGGUGCCUCUCUGCAACUUGUGUUUCUAGAACAUACCAAGUAAACCAACCUUAAGCUAAUGUCUCUAUAGAUGUACAGUAUACAAUAUAUAUCUAUAGAUAUAUAUAGAUAUAUAAAAUAAGCCAAAUUGUCAGGAUUCAGAGGUUUUGUUUUGCAGGAUGGCGUCACCACUGCUUCUGGGGAAUCCAUUUUGAAACCUGGUACAUUUGAAAUCAAAAGGCACAUGUUGUACUGGCAUAUUUACUGGAUAAUGUUAUGAUGUUCUAAGUUUUUAUUUUUUCCAUCACUGUUUUGAUCUUGUCACAAGAUUCAGAUACUGUAUCUAUAAAGGGACUUCUGUUUUUUUUUGUUUUUUUUUUGCUUCUCUGUCUGUUUAGCCCCACUGUUCAUCAGUCACCUGAACCUGGAUAACACAGCAUAUGAUCCUUCCUUUUGAACCAAUGCCUCUUGUGCACUUUUGUGACUCCUGUUCAAUAUUGUACAAUAGAACUGACAUUUGUUAAAAUUUAGUUUAAUUAUAA